AUGAACUACAUCACAACACAGUAUGCCCAUGCACUCGAACUACUCGAAGACCUCGUGAAACAAGAUCCUCCAGUUCAAACAGAUCUGGUAGUAUGUUCGACAAAGGAGGAAUUCCUUACUCAAAUCCUUCCCCUACUCCAUGCGCAGAGCGAUGAAUUGAGACAGCCAUCACGUCAUCCUGAGGAUGGAGACGGCAGCGAGACAGACGAGACAAGACCGUCGGGCGCUGGCCAUAUCUUUUUAGCCCAACCCCUACAUCUCUUGCAUGCAAGUCGAUUCAUCAAGCUGGUCUUCACUCCAACAAUCACAGCCCUUCACGGGUACCUUGCUGUCCAUAAGCCGAAACCAGCCUCUUUCUACCCGACCUCCUCUUCAUCGGACGGCCAGCUCGUGAUCCUUAAUCUUUUGAACCUCCACCAUGGCACAUCGGAGUUCACUUUGCAAGGUCUGUCCCAGACCUUCGCUACCGCCGUCUCUGCUGCUCAUAGGACAAAUCAACAACUCAGGCUCGUCGAAUGCAGAGAUAUUAGCGAUCCUUCGAAUCCCAACCGUGGGUCAGCAUUGUGGCGGGCCGAAGUUCCCCUGCUUAAUGCAUCCAUCAAAAUAGGAGACGGGGGAGCAGCUUGGGGUCGUCGUACAAUUUCUGCGAUGAAGGUUGCCUCGAGAUGGUUUAACGUCCAAAGACGUAUUCAACGAGAUAAAGAAAGCGAAGACAUCUCAUACUGCCAUGAGAUUGCUGACUCGGAAGAUGAAAUGCUGAUUUGA